AUCACAACAUCUCCUCCACCUCCACGAAGCCAGCAGCUGCUGCGCGUCAAGAUCCCUCUGGGUCCUAACCUCCGCACCGACGAUUAUAGAGAAAUACGGAUGAACAAUCCGUGCGUGGGCUCCAAAGACGGGUGGGUCCUAGUAAUUCACCCACGCCCGGUCAGAUUACACCUCCUCAACCCAAUCACACGCGCUUCCAUCCCUCUCCCCACUCUCCUGCCGAACGUUCCCGACUUCAUGGAGGCCUCUUUCAACCGUCGGCCGUCUGACUUCAUCGACAGAGCCGUAAUCUCUUCCUCUCCUGACGACCGCCGCAACAACUGCUACGUCUUCAUCAUAUUAGGCUACGCCAUUGAUCCUGGGCUGGCCUGGUGCAAGGUAGGUCGGGGAGGUUGGAAUUUCACGAAAAUGCCGACAAAAUAUUUCUUCACCGUCGACGCCACCUACUUUGGAGGUAAACUUUACGUUCUCGAGGGCAAGGAUUCUGUCUACGUUCUUGAUGCACCUACGGCUACCACCACUUCUCCUACUUGUUGGAGGAAACUCCCAUUCUCUUCCGUGAUGGCGUCACUCGUCGAGGACAACCACGACUACUAUCACACCUUUUUCCACUUGUCCCACCUCUGCGGUCGUCUCCUCGUCAUCCUGCGCUGUUUCGUCGAGGAUGAUGAUAACGACGCCACGUUCCAUGUAUUCAGAUUAGUAUUACCUGAAAGAGAUGCCGGCGGUGAAGUUGUGGACAGCACAACUAUUGAUUAUGAAUGGGAAGAAGUGAGGAGUUUGGAGGGACAUGCUUUGUUCCUCGGUUACUCCCAUGAGUCCAUCUGCCUGCCUGCUCCUUCGUCCAGCUGGGGUGACCGCAUCUAUUUUGCGUUUUCUUUCUAUUACGGCUAUUUUGAUCUAGAUUACGCCGAUGACAUUGGUCGGAUCAAUUUGUACCGGAACGAUUGUGGCGUCUUCAAUCUCGUCGAUGGGAAACUCGAAUGUUUUGCUUGUCGGAAUUUUCACAACCAGAACUACUUUUGGUUCUUCCCUAUGCCCUGGAAUAUUGGUCAGCUUACUAAACAUCAAGCGAGGAAUGCCGAGAAUUGGAAGCGCCUGCUGCUGCUGCUUCAAACUAGUACUAAAAUUACCAGCAGAAGCAAGACUCAAAGUAGUACUCAAAAUAUCAGCAAAGAAACAGUAAAGAAGACGAACAAGAAGGUCCAACAACAGCGGCAUAAUAAUAGCAAAGUCGGCAGCAAAUUCUGCAGCAACAGAUUUGAAGCUUUGAUACUUGAUGAGGAUGGAGACAAAGACCGGCCAUAGUUCGUCGAUCAGGACCGCUUGCUGCCUUUUAUAAAUUAUUUCAGAGCAGAAUUCUUUUGUGGAUGAACAUCCUGAAUCGAGUAGUUACCCAAGAUAACUAAGAUGUGUCUGCGGAGCGGACAAGAUCAAUGAAUGCCCAACAAUAAGGACGUUUGUUGUUGGUAGCUUGUUGGCAGGCUGAAACCGGAGUAUUAAGCCAGAUAGAUUCCUCCAGCUGAGAAGCCGGUUGAUGGGAAUUUCGUUUCAUUAGUAUAUUUUUGCUAGUUCUUGCCUUUGUAGCAGAACUCAUCGUCAUCGAUGCACUUAAUAAGAAAGCCCAUGGAUUGUGGCUCUUGCUUGAUACAAUUUUUUAC